AUGAGUUCCCUUCACGUUCUUCUCGUUGCAGUAGCCGUUCUUGGCCACCUCAGCUCCGGUGCAGACAAAGAAAUUGACGAAUAUCCAAGGUUGAAUCUUGUCGAAGAGCGAAGAGUUAUUGAUUUCUUCCAUUUACAAGUUCGCCGAAAUGCUGCUCUCGGCAAGAAAUACAAGGGAGCAAAACUUGGCAUGGGAGGACAACUGUAUGCGCUGAAGUAUGAUCCCAAAAUGGAACUGGAAGCUUUCAGUUUUGCCAAAUACCAGCAAACGCCAAAAGAAGGACGCGGGAUAAUCUCGUUCGAAGGAGGCUGCAGUGGAGAACUUCGCAUAUUGGAUGCGAGGGACAAGUUAGAGAGGAGUGAUGAACGUGUAGUCCAUUUUGCCAUGCUGUGA